AUGGUAAACCAAUUUAUGCAUGAAAAACUUUUUAGUGUUGUAGAAGAAGACGGUUUUAACAUGAUGUUAAAGAGGGGGAUACCUCAAUGGACAUUUGUUUCACAUCACACUAUUAAAACUGAUGCUUUCAAAGUCUAUGAGGCAGAGAAAAAGAAACUAAAGGCUCUUUUGAAGGAUGUAAAUAGAAUUUCAUUAACCACCGAUCUUUGGCGUGCUAGACCACAUAGGAUUGAGUACAUGGUUCUUACGGGACAUUUUGUUGAUCGUGAUUGGAAACUCCAAAAGCGAGUUUUGAGCUUUGUUCAUAUACCUUCUCCUCGAAAAGGCAAAGACAUAGCAAAUUGCAUUUUCAAAUGUUUAAAGGAGUGGGAAGUUGUGAAUAAAGAUACUUUCUCACUUACAAAGAGAUUGUUAUGUGGUGGAGCAUUGUUUCAUGUACGUUGUUGUGCACAUAUAUUGAAUAUUAUGGUGCAACAUGGUCUCAAGCAAGUCAAAUCCGUUGCCAAGAAUGUUCAUGAUACCGUAGAUUAUCUCAAUGGAAGUGAAGCAAGAAUGAGAAAAUUUGCGGAAACUGUCCAAGAAUUUAAUCUUAGAGAGCGGAGUUUGGUUCUUGAAUGCAAGACUAUAUGGAAUUCUACUUAUGAUAUGUUAUCAUGUGCCAUCAAGUUUAAGGAGGUAUUUUCUAGACUUGCUUUGGAGGACAGUGAUCAUGUUUAUUGUCCUAGUUCUAAUGAUUGGCAAAAGAUUGAGAAACUUCUUGAUAUCUUAAAAGUAUUAUAUGAUACCACAAAUGUUAUCUCAGGAUCUGAAUACCCUACUUCCAACUUUUUCCUUCGUGAAGUUUUUUUCACAUCAGAAAUGUUGGACAAAAAUUAUAGUUCUCCCGACCCUUUUAUCAAAGAUAUGGUAAAAAAACAUGAAAUAAAGAUUUGA